GUGAUACAAUAAAGGACCAGCACUUUAUUUUGAAAGAAAACCUAGUGUCUGAUUCAAAGACUGAAUUCAAUUAAUUUAAUUGUAACCGGAAGAAAGAAAAGAGAAGCAAAAAUGGUGUACACAAACAUCGACGAUACUAUGAACAAAAGAUCUCACGACGGCGUUAGGAAAGAAAGGAAUGGCCAGACAACGACAGGAUUCCAGCAACAGUCGACGAAUAAGAGCGGGAAGUAUGGCUCGUGGGGAUCGGUGUACAAGAACAAACAAAAUUUCAUUGACAUGCACAUUUGCUGAUGUCUUUCCAAAAAAAAUGCAUCGGCUACAUUAGGAUUAAUGGUUGCACACGAAAGUAGCUAAGAACUUCAAACACAUUGUGAUACUUUAAAGUGACUUGAUCCUCCUCCGAUGAAUAAAAGAAAGAUGAUUUCACUUUGAUUUAAUCCUUUACAAUUUUAGUUGAAUUUCUAAUUCCCAGUUGCGCGUCUUGUUGCACAUGGCCGUUUCUACUGAGGCAGCCAUAGUAGAAGAUUAACACAUUAGACGCUGCAGUAGAAUUAACCAUACAUGGUAAGACAUGCGACGAUAUAGAUUUCCAUUUCUUAAUUAUUUAUCAGGGCAGUGAAUAUAUUAACACGUUACACCAGUAGGUAAUUACAAGCAGCACGAAUAACGUAGUAUAAUUACGCCAAGUAAUUUAAAUCAUAGAAAUAUUAGAAUCUAUUUAAGAAGUCGAAGAAGUAACAUCAAAGACCCCUGAAAGAAUGAACUUUGUAAGAAAAUUGUCGAAGAAGGUACAUCAAAGUCUCAUCGCGCGUUUCCACCCCAAAGCCGAAGAAAAUAGUAGGGGGAAAGUGGAGAGAGUCUGGUGGGGAAAGCGGCGAAGAGAAAAAAGAGCUCCUGGACAAACGGGAGCUUCGUCGUCGUUCGAAGGGAACGACUGCAACGUGGUGCAGUCGCUGAAAGCGCGUCGACUGGUUCGGUGUUCCUCUGAAUGGAGGGACAAGGGAUGAAGAGCAUUAAAAAUUGACGUUUGGUCGCGCGUACCUAUCUUCUAAUUUAUUUAUUUAUUUAAUCGUACAUGUAUCGCUAAGAAUCUCCGACUGUCCAAUCGGAGGACAUUCGAGGCAUUUUAUUUUUAUAAAUUUCGCGAGGACUAAAGUGCAUCCGGACGAGGAGGAGCAGACGAAGAAGACGGAGAGGAAAGGAAGAAAAGUGUCGUUGCUCCGUGGAACGCGAGAUAGCUGAGAGUCGACGUCCCGACGCUGCUAUUUCGAGGCUGAAACACACCGGUGGUUCGCGAAUGAACUGUGAAAGAAGAGGAUUGUCCGUUUAAAAAGCAACAAAAUGAGAGCUAGAGAUUCGAUCGUAUACACUCCAGUGUCCCUUGGGCCGGAUACCGACGACGAGGAAACAUUGGUUAACGCAGAAAUUUACAACAAUGAUCUGGCACAGAUCCGAGCACUCGUGGAGUCGACAGGGAUGCUGGGAGGCUCAACCUGUCCAUCCUGCGAGAUGCCGUUCGAUAAGGGGAAGAAACGUCGAUUGAUCGACUCGUGCGGUCACGAGCGUUGCUAUUCCUGCCUGUUCCGAAGCGAGGCAUGCCCGCUUUGCCUGCACGCCGACUUCAACGACGACGAUGGCCUGGAGGGACCCUUCAGGGAGGGGUUCACCGGCUCUUCAGGGCCUGUGUCCAUCCUCGCGCCCACGGACGGUUGGAUCGAUGAGUCAUCAACGGUGAACUCUCUCUGCGGCAGCCCCAGACCUCGUACGAAAGUCACCACGAGAGCGAAUAUUCCGUCACGAGUCAUGCACCGAGAGGCUGACGGAAAUGUCUCCUCCUCGGGGAUGGCCAAGGGUCUGAAGAAUAAACCACCGGCACUACCGGAGUCCUCCGCGUCUCAUGGACGGCAGAAGCUUCAAAUGAUGACCCAGAGUUGUCCCACCCCUCCGAAUCAGAGGAAAAGAUUCUUCUUGAAUCCAAAGGUCCUCAGGAGCUCGUUCGUACCCCAAAGAUCAUCCAGACGAGCAUCCUCCCCGGAACCAGCCGCGAAUGACAAUCCAUCAGCUUUGUCAGCUUGGAUGGCCUCGUCUUGGGAGGGCAGGUCAAGAUGGCCGGGUGUAGUCCUGGGGAAAAUCAAAUCGUUGUGGAGCAACAGUCAAGGGACGGCGAACGAUGGGCUGAACCAGCUUAUCGACUCGAGGAGCAAAGUCACAGAUGACGAAGGCGGCUGCGUGAAGCCUCUGUCCUCGAAGACGAGAAAGUCGUCGCAGUCGGAUCUCUACAUGAGGCUAGGACUACUGUUAGGCUCGAAUCAUGCUCGAGCAAACAGCAGCGUGGACACGACAGAUUUGCCCGGUGGUUCGAGUCGUUCCGGUGCAGGUCCGUGUCAAUCGAGGGUCCCCGUUCAGGGACACGACAGCUCGGCAGCAUCGUUCAGCAGCCUGACGAGCUUCGAGACGCAAACCUUGGCCUCCACCAACACCAGUCCAGUGUCCACGUUGACCGGUACGUCGAGCGAGGCGGAAGCAGCCGCUGCUUUACGGUGUCCCAUCAAACCCAAGGCGAAAGUCAAGGGCAAAAGCAAAUCCAGAGACUGCGACAGCGCUGGAAGUCUCGCCUCCAUUUCCACCUCGGUAUCAGCUUCUACUUCCAUGUCGAUGUCGAUGUCCGUAUCCGUUUCGGGCCUGUCGAACGGCAGCUCGAGCCCCCUAACCCCUAGAAGACAUUCCGUGAACGCCUCGCAACCUGGUCAAUCCGACGAGCUUGGCCAGUUUAAGAACAGACGGUCCUGCGCCAGGAGGUCGGCCAGGGCUGGAAACAUGAAGGGAACUGUUGACGCAAAGUUACGCUUUGUGCAACACCACGCGACACAGUUGACCCUGAAGCCACUGUUCUUCGAAGUACCUUUAUUGGAAACCGACCCUCUGUUCACUGGUCGCCAGUGGUUACUGCAAGAGGUAGAGUCGGUGAUAAACGGCUCCAGCCCCGGAGUUUUAGUCUCUGGGUCACCUGGGACUGGAAAGACUGCGCUGGUUCUGCAACUGGUGGAACACAGCUGUUUCGGACGGAGGCGGGAACAGCCUCUUUCGUUGGAGAUCAGCGAGGAAGCCGAGGAGAAAGAGAAAACGAACUGCACUUCAGUAUUGCAAGCUAGCAUCCGUUACACGAACGAAAAGGUUCGAGAACUGGCGUCCCACGUUGUAGCCUAUCAUUUCUGCCAGGCAGACAACAAUAGUACCUGUCUGGUACCAGACCUGAUUCAUUCGCUAGCAGCUCAACUUUGUCAAGCUCCUCAACUGAUCUCUUACAGAGAAUACUUACUCUCUGAACCUCACAUUCAAGGCUCUUUGUCGCAAAGAGAGUGCACCGUUGACCCCGAUCUCGCGCUUUCCAGGGGCAUCAUCGAGCCUCUGUGCACCCUGAAGAAGAUGAGCAGACUUCCCGACACCAACAUGGUGAUAUUAAUCGACGCCGUCUGCGAGGCUGAGUACCACCGACCAGACAGAGGCGACACGAUAGCAUCCUUUCUGACCAGGCACGCUCCGAAUUUUCCUAGCUGGUUGAAGAUCGUCUGUACAGUAAGGACACAGCUGCUGGAGUGUGCGAAACAGCUACCGUACACUAGGGUCUCGUUGGACAGGGCCCCGAACGACGGCACCGGAAACAACGUCACCAAAGACCUGUCCGACUAUAUAGGUUACAGGCUAGCUCAAAGUCCAGCCAUUCAAACGAACGUCACUGCAUCGGUGAACGGAAAGUCCGAGUCUUCGUGUAGCGCAAAUCAAACGAGAUUCGCCUCGCAUCUACUCGCGCUAGCCAGAGGCAGCUUUCUCUUCGCGAAGCUGACGCUCGAUCUUAUCGAAAGUGGACACUUGGUGGCUAAAUCAGCGAGCUACAAGGUGCUGCCGGUAUCACUGGCACAGAUUUUUCAAUUGCACUUCAAUCUGAGAUUCCCCACCGCAACCUCAUUCGACAAGGUUCAACCUCUGCUAGGCGUCUGUCUGGCAGCCCUCUAUCCUCUGACUCUGCCAGAGAUAUUCUAUUCCGUGAACUCCUUGAACACGGACCACUUCGUUUCAUGGGAGGAUUUUCUACAGAGAUUCAAAAUGCUCUCUGGAUUCCUCGUGAAACGACUGGACAACACGUACAUGUUCUUCCAUCCGUCGUUCAGGGAGUGGUUGAUGAGAAGGGAUGAGGGAGAAUCGACCAAGUUCCUCUGCGACUUGAGGCUAGGCCACGCAGCCAUUGCGUACAGGCUGUCACGCCUUCAGGCACCGUUACACGGUGACAAAGCACUGGAACUGGGUCAUCAUAUACUGAAGGCGCACGUUUACAGAGGCGUAGCUCCGUUUUGGCCUUCGAGGGAUUUGCAGGCAAUCUGGUUAGCAUCGUCGACGGAAUGCGUCUCCUCCGCGCUCUGCACGCUUCGAAACAUCUACAGUCCGAACGUGAAGGUGUCGAGGUUGCUUUUGCUGGCAGGAGCAUCUCCGAAUCACACUACCGAGUACCUAGGCAACGCUCCAGCCCUUUGCAUGUACGCGCACGAGGGUUCUGUCGAGAUGGUCUCGUUGCUGUUGGAGUUUGGCGCGGAUGUCGAGUUGACCAACAGUCAGGGUUGCACGGCGUUGUCGUUGGCAGCUUCCCGUGGUCACUGCGACGUUGUCAGAAGGUUGGCCGCAGCUGGAGCAUCACUGGGUCAUACAGACAUGGCUGGACAGUGUCCUCUGGUCCACGCAGCUAGACACGGUAGAUUGUCAGUGGUUGGUUACCUUCUGGCUUGCGAUUGGGUGGUUCCAGCUAGCGAAAACGAAACUGAAGGCUCUCAGGACAUAGGCCGAGAAGAGGCUGCCCAGCAGGCUGUCGUCGCCGCGGCGGCCCAGGGUCACGAGUCCGUCGUAGAGUACCUAUUAGACAUGGCAGAAGUGAUCGUAGAUCGUCCUGAUACUUUGAUAGGCGAAACUGCUCUGACAAUUGCUGCUGCAAACGGUUCGACAGCCACAGUCUCGGCGUUGUUGGCACGGGGUGCUAGUCCAACUGCUGUAAACGCCAAAGGUCUGUCCGCGUUGAUGCUAGCUGCCAGGGAGGGACACUGGGGCACUGCUGAAAGACUUCUCCAAGGAACCCUCUCCACCAGUACCGACAGUCUCCUCGACGAUGCGGUGUCCCUGUUAGACCAACGAGAUCCUGUUGGACGUACUGCGUUAAUGUUUGCCGCCUCCGAAGGCCAUACAAACCUGAUCGAACUCUUCCUCGAUAAAGGAUCUGUAUUAGAGAGCAAAGACAAGGAAGGGUUAACUGCUCUGUGCUGGGCCUGUGUGAGAGGAAGACUAGCUGCCGCCCAGAACCUCAUCGACCAUGGCGCUGACGUUAACAGCAACGACAAUACCGGCAGGACCCCACUGGACUUAGCUGCGUUCCAAGGCAAUCCAAAGCUCGUGCAAUUGUUGCUGGAAAAGGGGGCAGCGGUCGAGCACGUCGACCUGCACGGAAUGCGUCCUUUGGACCGAGCAAUCGGCUGUCGAAACAUACCAGUAGUUCAAUGUUUCUUACGUCGCGGUGCGAAAUUAGGUCCAGCCACUUGGGCGAUGGCGGCUGGGAAGCCCGACGUGCUUUUAAUUCUAUUGAACAAACUUCUGGAGGACGGAAACGUGUUGUACCGGAAGAACAGGCUGAAAGAGGCGUCUCAUAGGUACGCUUAUGCUCUUAGAAAGUUCCCAGCAUCUCCUGAGGAGGAUUGUCAGGGACAGGAGCAGGGUCACAUGAUGCUGCAACUGCAGACGUUUGCGCAACUUCGGCUGAAUUUCUUGCUCAAUCUCAGUCGAUGCAAGCGCAAGAUGAACGAAUGUGCGGAAGCAAUCGAGCUCGCUGACGAGGCUCUUAAAGUUCGCCCGGUGUCCUACGAAGCGUUUUAUGCGAGGGCAAAGGCGCGUGUAGACUCAGGCCUGCUGGAGGACGCUCUGUUCGACGUCCAGGAAGCGUUGCAGAUCGCGCCGCCCCAGAACCGACAGGAUCGACGCGUUUUAGUCACUUUGAGAGAGGAAAUUGUCUCUCGACUGGACGGGGUAGGCACCAGCAAGGGAUCUAGCGACAUUGUUUGCCGAUCUCGGCUUCGAGCAUCGGUAGAUACUCUUACAGAAUUAUAACCUCGCGGAAAAUUCGAAUUACUUAAGACGACCCCUAUUUUACGAGGGAAAGAAAACGACAUAAGAUACUUGAACUGAUCAUUUCUCGAAAGUUCAAAGCUCGCUUUUGAAAUCUCGAAGCUUAUUUAACGACUCGUUGCGUACGUUCUAUGUACCCGAAGAAAUAUUCCUUCUCCUUGCAUUUCCUGCUCGCUGAACCGAGUAGCAAGGGCUUUAAUACUGUUUUUCUUCUGUGCAAUUAUAUUGCAUGAUCGUGUUAGGAUGUUUUUUUUUUUUUUGUACGUUUCAUUCGAUUUCGUAUCGAAUACAGAGUAUAUAUAUAUAUAUUAUAAAUAUUUGUAUUAUAUUAUGCGUAUGAAAAUUGGUUUCUAGUGUCAUUGUAAUUUAAAUGAAAGUUAUUUAAUUGUUUCUCCUCCGUUUCUCUCAGUAUUUCUUUCUCGUUUAUUCAAGUGAAGAGAAGACUAUCGCGAUAUUCCAGUGUGUAACUUGAAACACCACGAGUCUUGUCGACAUACCUAAUUAUUAAUGCACUCGCUUGCCAAGCAUAUUUAGUACACCUAUUUCCCUGUAAUCUGUUCGAUGAUCGCGAUUAGCGAUUUAUAAUUCGAAUUCUCGUUAAACAGGCCUCACUUCGAAUUCGCACGAGCUACGAAUGUUAUUUGUCUCUGCCUUGGUGCACGUAGGUCGAAAAAUAAACGAACUUUUUACCAAA